CCUUGACAGGCAUGUUUUGAUUAUAGCCGGGUGUCAAACAUGCUUAACAGUUGCAUAUUUACGGGCAAAGCAACACAAUAGAGAGGGUUUUGAGAGCGGAGCAUGGAGAGACGAGAGUUGGUCGCGUACAUGGUGGCGGGGGGCUGCGCGGGGAUGUGUGUGGAUCUGACCCUCUUCCCCUUGGACACCAUUAAGACACGACUGCAGAGUCCGCAGGGCUUCCAAAAGGCAGGAGGCUUCAGGGGCGUCUACGCUGGAGUCCCAUCUGCUGCUGUCGGGUCCUUCCCUAAUGCCGCUGCUUUCUUUGUCACCUACGAAUGCACAAAGUCCCUGCUCGCGCUGGGGGGGGGGCUAGCAGCUCCACAAGCGGCACCUGUCACUCACAUGAUAGCCGCCUCCCUCGGAGAAGUGGUGGCGUGUCUGAUCCGGGUGCCCACAGAGGUGGUCAAACAGAGGACCCAGGCCUCUCCAUCUUCCUCCACCUACAACAUGCUGCUGGCUACACUCAGAGAAGAGGGUUUCCGAGGCUUGUACAGAGGAUACAGCAGCACGGUCCUCAGAGAGAUCCCGUUCUCGCUGGUGCAGUUUCCACUUUGGGAAUAUCUAAAGACUCUGUGGUCACGGAGGCAAGGUCACACGCUCUACUCUUGGCAGUCUGCAGUGUGCGGAGCUUUUGCAGGUGCGGUAGCGGCAUUUGUUACCACUCCUCUUGACGUGGCGAAGACCAGGAUCAUACUCGCGAAGGCCGGGUCGAGCGAGGCGGGGGGGAACAUCCCCAGGGUGCUCUGCAACGUGUGGAGGAGCCGCGGCCUACCAGGUCUGUUUGCAGGCUGCAUACCGAGGAUGACCUUCAUCAGUGUGGGCGGUUUCAUCUUCCUGGGAGCUUACGAGAAAGUCUGCAGCACUUUACUGUAGCAGCUCGUCCUCUGACAGCAUCCUGAGCCCCAGCCUGGUGGAGGAACAGCGGAGGAAGCAUCUCUUGGAGAAGCACCCUCUUCCUCUGGGGGCCCCUGCACCUCCAUGCUGCUGGGCCCCCGAAAAGCAAGGAACACCUGGUGCUCGAGGGAAGAGUCGUCCAGGGCCUGAUCGCUGCAUUCCUGCUCAUCAGUGCUGUUGAGUUUAACAGCCUGAGCUCACACUCCUGUAACAAAUGGUAGCGUGUUAAAUGGAGCCACACCCUGUCCCACAAGUCUAGCAUCUUUACUGUUCAACAUGUAUGUGUGGGAACCAAUGAGUGAUGUAAUUAAAGACUCUUUUUAUGUUUUAA